GCCAAUCAGAAGACGGGACGCGCGCAGCUACGUGCCUGCGUUGCUGGGCAGAAGAAACAAUAAACAACAGUCGGAGUUUGACGCUUGGAGACAACAGACGGUAUCCUUUAAACAAACACAUUUUGCACUCUGUUCUGCUGCAGAAUCUAAUUUCUACUGUGAAACAUGGCAACUGACUGCGAGGCCUGGCUGAACGCAAACCCUGUCGAAGCAGGAGACCUGAGCGACUCUUUUCUCUCUGGAGACGAGGACAAUGGCGUGUCGCUCAUCUCCAACAAGAACAUCAACGAGAUCAACGGCAACUGGCUGACCUCUACCAGUAGCAGCAUCCAGGAAGCACGGCUCAAGGCAAAGGCCAAGCGGCGGCUGAGGAAGAACUCGUCCCGGGACUCCGGCCGGGGGGACUCGCUCAGCGAUAACGGGGAUGUUGUAAGGGGGUCCCUGGUGGCUCCCACAAGCCCCAAAAGCAAACUGUUGGACAGGAAGUCCCGACUGGGCAAGGGACGAGGUCUACCGAAGAAAGGAGGGGCUGGAGGGAAAGGUGUGUGGGGACGGUCCGGUGAAGUUUAUGAACAAGAGAAGGUCGACGAGAAAGAUCCCAACUACGAUGAAGCUCAGGAAAACUGUGUGUAUGAGGCGGUGGUUCCCCCGCUGGAGGAGAAGGACUUUGAGAAGAAGGUCACUCCGAUAGUGCAGGAGUACUUUGAGCACGGAGACUCAAAUGAAGUAGCUGAGCUGCUGGCAGAGCUGAACCUGGGGACCAUGCGGAGCGGCGUUCCCUCGUUGGCCGUGGCGAUGGCCCUGGAGGCUAAAGCCAGCCAGCGGGAGCUGACCUCCAGGCUGCUGGCAGACCUGUGCGGGUCGCUCCUCUCCCGGAGUGACAUGGAGAGCUCCUUCGACAAACUGCUGCGAGAGCUGCCCGACCUGGUCCUGGACACACCGGGGGCGCCACAGCUGGUGGGUCAGUUCAUCGCUCGAGCUGUUAGUGACCAGAUAUUAUCCAAGAGCUUCAUCGAAGGCUACAAAGGCAGAGUGGACUGUGAGUUUACGAGGUCGGCACUAGAGCGAGCGACGGUGCUGCUGAAGAUGAGCCUGGGGGGCCUACGUGUCGAAAACCAGUGGGGGGCUGGCGGGGGCCAGAGACCCGUCACGCAGCUCAUCAAAGAGAUGAACCUGCUGCUGAAGGAGUACAUCCUGUCUGGAGACAGCAAGGAGGCCGAGCGAUGUCUCCGAGAUCUGGAGGUCCCCCAUUUCUACCACGAGUUUGUCUACGAGGCGAUCGUGACGGCGUUGGAGUCCAAAGGCGAGAAAACGUUCAAAAUGGUUCUGCAGCUCCUCAAGUCGUUCUCUGCUUCCUCCGUGAUCACUGUGGACCAGAUGAGAAGGGGCUACGGGAGAGUUUAUCUGGACAUCGCCGAGAUCAACAUCGAUGUCCCGCGUGCGUACUUCAUCCUAGAGCAGUUUGUCGACAAGAGCUUCAACAUGGGAAUCAUCGACGUCAAGUUAAGAGAUCUUUGUCCCUGUCGGGGGCGGAAGAGAUUUGUCAGCGAGGGAGACGGCGGUGUGGUCAAACUUGAAAGCUGCUGAGGCGCCUCCUUUUUACGUGCCAGGUUUCCUUUGAAGAAGAGGACGAAGCGACUUUUUUUACUCGCAGAUUUUUUCAAACGUGUCGGGUUACAAAAUCUGAUUUCCCUUCAAACAGUCGGAGAGAAUGUACAUUUCUGAAGCGGAGGAACAAAAGCUGCACUUUGAAUUGAAGCUGAAGUUGGUACCGCCCUCCACGGUGUUUCAAUUCAAACAUUCACAUAAGCUAACCCUUAAAGUGCCACGCCUCUCUGUGUCCGUCAUUCCACGUUGUUUUGUACAGUAUUUUCUUGAUUUCACUGCCAAUCCGUUUGUGUUUUCUAGAUAGCAGUGUUUGUACAGAGAUGACUGGUUUGUGUCGAGAGCUUUUUAAAAGGAUCUAAAAAAAACAAUAAAGAAAGGAGCUGUUUGGUCAACGGCUCCACAACCAG